ACUUUCUCAAGUUUCCCCCUCUCCUUGAAGGACCAGCCCAACCGCAUCGAAAAAUGAACAGCAGCACUAUCCGUCGAUCCAUAGGUCUAACUGGCUCCCUCGCCCGCCAAAAACGUGUAAACAGGUCGUCUCCUCUUCCGGCCGCUCAAGAUCCCCAGGCCGGCCCAUCAGGCUCGAAAGCAGUCACAGAAGAAGCCCCAGAAAAUCGAUUGUUCAAUCAUUCACAAGAGCAGAAGGACGAAGACAAGCCACAGUGGCUAAUUCACAAGGAAGCCCUUCGUCGAAAGUUCCCCGAUGGUUGGAAUCCGCCCAAGAAGAUCUCGCGCCCGUCGAUGGCCCUCCUGCGGACACUCCAUCAAACCGAUCCAAACCAAUUCUCACUCUCGAUCCUCUCUGAAAAAUUCAAGAUCAGUCCUGAGGCCGUCCGAAGAAUCCUCAGAUCUAAAUGGGAACCUAAUCAAGAGACCGCCAAGAAAACCGAACAACGUCAACAAACAGUAGGCGCCGCUCACAGCUCAGAUGGCUGGGUCCAUCACGAAAAGCUGGAGACUGAUCAGAUCCCCCUCAACCUCGCUCACACCCUUCAGUCCUCACUACCAAGCUCCUCAAAGAUUUCUUCUUCUUCUUUCCCAAGAAAAUCUCAGCCCAGAAGUUCCUAUAAUCAUUUCAAGAAAUGAAAAAAAAAAGUUUUCGAAUUAAUUGACCCACUACUAAGCUCAGCUCCCUCAUUACAU